UCGUACUCGGCGACGAUAUGACCAGUGGGUCGCGACUCACGAUCGGCGUGCGAGCCGUGGCGCUCCUGAUCGCCCUGCUGGCGGCGCCCUCCUUCGCUGACCGUGCAGCCGUGCGUGGCCUGACGGCCAUGCCCGCGGGCUCCGGCGCUGCUGGCCGUGCCGGCGCGCCGGAGCGGCUGCACCAGCUGCGCGGCGGCGGCAGCAUGCUGGACUGGUGGCGCCGCGUGCUGCAGAGCACGAUGGCGAGCCUGGGGAUCUGGUCGAAGAAGGGGCAGCUCCUCGUGAUCGGGCUCGACAACGCCGGCAAGUCGACGCUCCUCACGAUGCUCGUGCGCUCCAAGGUCGUGCAGCACGAGCCGACGCACCAGCCGGUGUCGGACGAGAUCCGCGUCGGCUCGCUCAAGCUGCGCGCGGUCGACAUGGGCGGCCACGCGAUCGCGCGGCGCAUGUGGCGCGAGUACUCAAAGGAGGCGGACGCCGUCGUCUACAUUGUUGACGCCGCCGACCGCGAUCGCUUUGCCGAGGCUGCCCUCGAGCUGCACAAGCUGCUCGCAGGGUCGCUGCCGCCGCACGUGCCGGUCCUGCUCCUCGGCAACAAGGUCGACCUGCCCAACGCGGUCCGAGAGGAGGAGAUUUACUUCGCGCUCGGCCUGGACGAGCUGCAGGCGGCGGGACCGCAGGCGCAACAGCGACCGCUCCGCCUCUUUAUGUGCAGCGUUUUCCAGGGCACCGGCUUCACCGAGGGGCUCGAGUGGCUGGCGAGCUGCGUCAAGUAGCCGGCGUGAGGCCAAAGGAGGCCUGGAAUGCCGCCGUAUUCUUGACUGAGGUAUACCUUCUCCUUUCCCUGGUGUCAGUUGUUCACCGGGGCGAGCGGUGUGCUUCCCGAGUCGGCUGGUGGGCGCGGGGCGCGUAAGCCGUCCCCCGGAGCUCCAGCGGCUACUUUUCACCUAUAAUUAUAUACACGG